GUAGCUCGGUGGCGUAGUGGAUAAGCGCCGUGGCCCGCGAUCGUAGUCGUUAAGCAACUUUCGCAAGGGUCGGUCACGGGAUGGGUGACCAAAGAAUUAUUAUCUCGAACUACUCCGUGCUUCGGAAGGCACGUUAAGCUGUUGGUUCCGGCUGCAUUUGCAGUCGUUAAUACCCUCCAAUCCGCAUUGGGCCAGCGUGGAGGGUCAUGGCCUAUCCUCCUUAACCAUCCAAAAGGAAGGCCUGAGCCCCUGCAGUGGGGACGUAAAACGGCUGGUGAUGAUGAUAUUGUCAAGCUAAAUCUGUUGUGAGGAAGGUUGUCAACUCCGUUAAUGAGGAAGUAUUUAAAAAAAAAACACUAGUUCCCGAAGUAGAUAUUGCAACGGUAUUAUCUUAAUUUCUGCAUGACAAUCCUUCCAGUAUUUUUUCACGUAUAAAAGCAAAUUAAUUUUUAAAAGUCAAUAAACAACUCAUAUUUUAUUUGUUCUUUUUCGUAUUUGUAUCUAAGUUUCCAAUUUCAGUUUUUUUUUAAGUUAGUAAAAAGGAACGGCAAUGACUAUAUUUGUCCAUUCGUUUGCUGCUAAAAUCAACUUUUGCUAGAGUCGCCAUCUAGUGGGGGUGCUUUUUUGGUGCUUUUGUUUUUUUAAUACUUCCUCACACAAGCAAAGGUCGAAAGUAAUAUUAUAACUACACAGUCAUUAUCGACAUAAACCGAAAACACGAACCCAUCACUAUAUCAUUGCGUCAAGAAGCGCAGGCUUACCUUUUCAAAAUGGCUGCCAAUGCCAGUCUGAGAAAUAAGCUAAGAACGUAUUAUUGAUAGCGAUAGGCUAAUCAUCAAAUGCAAAUUUGGUUUUUAUAUUAUAAAUUAUUACUAGAUUCUUUCGGUCUGUCUAUGUACUUAAUGAGACACGAUGUCGUGGCCUAUGCAAACACCUGGCCAGUGGGGUGGCAUGCCAAUGACGCCAGAUAUGAACAUGGGAUCAUACUCAGCUGAACAAUGGGCCGCUAUGCAGCAGCAGAACUGGCAACAGUGGGCUCAAUGGCAACAGCAAUACGCCCAGUGGCAAAGUCAAUAUGGAGAAAAGUAUGCACAGCAAAUGCAGGCUAUGCAGACGAUGGGCGCUAUGCCCCCGCUGCCGCCGAGCGCGGCGCCCCCCGCCCCCGCGCCGCCGCCCCCCGACCAGCCCCCUCCGCCGCCGCCGCACGAGAACAAUCAACCCCUGUACGCAGCCGCUACCAAGCCACCCGCGCCCGUCCCUCCGCCGACGCAACCCAGACGGAACUUGACUAGCGUAAACACCACCGCAGGUAACGCUCAAUGGUCUCAGGGUACGCAGGCGGCCCCUCCGCCCGCGACCGUCGCGUCGCCCGUCGAUUCGGAAGCGCUGAAGAAGCUCGCCGAGGAGGAGAAGCUUUUCGAUAUUCAGUUUCAGAAAUGGGAGGAGGAGAUCGAUAAGUGGAGACGUGAGAACGUGAAUCAUCCCGACAAGCAAGCCUACAAAGAGUACGAGGAGAAGUUCGAGGCGUGCCGCGCGCAGCUUCUCGAGCGCCGCCAACAGAUGAAACAGAAGCGGGCUCGUCUCAUGAAUGUCGCGCCGAACUCUAUCACAGGUAAUAUAACGACGUCGAUACCUCCACCGUCGUUAAACACUCCUCCCGCUAACUAUAAUAAAAAUGACGCCCAGAGUUAUAAUAACAGACAAGAUCAGGGGCGUAUGAAUAAAAAUGCUCCCCAACAACAGCAGUAUAAUAAGCACUAUGAUAAUUCAGCUCCACCUGUAUCUUACAAUAAAGGUAAUCUUGAUCAGCAGGAUCGGUAUGAGUCCUACCAAAAUGUAGAUAAUUAUACGACUGCCGAUAAUAAUUAUUCAGAGAAGGACGAUUAUGCAGCAGCCGAGAAUUAUACGGCGAAUGAUAAUUACCAAACUGAUAACUCCAGUUUUCUGCCCACAAGUGGUGCUUCCAAAAGUAUACCUGGAUUAGACUUAGUGCCGGAAGAGAAGGGGUCGAAUCCCCAGCCAGAGGUUAUCGAUAUAACUGAAGAACAAGAUAGGGAGUCAUACAAUAGAUCAUCUCAACAGUAUAAACAACCUGAUUAUUCCAAAAUAACGAAAGGAAUAAAUAAUAUUCUUGGCGACGAAAAAAUUAUGAAUAUCCUUUCAAUGGUUAGAGGACAAUCGGCUCCUUCUGAUAAUUCUGUUCAGCAAAGCACAAGUCACUUACCAUAUAAUAAUCAAAAUAACCAGGUAUAUAAUCAAAAUAAUCAGAUGCAUAAUCAAAACAUUCAUAUGCAAAACCAAAAUAAUCAGAUGCAUAAUCAAAACAUUCAUAUGCAAAACCAAAAUAAUCAGAUGCAUAAUCAAAAUAAUCAGAUGCAUAAUCAAAAUAACCAGAUGCAAAAUCAAAAUAUGCAUAACCACAACCAUCACAUGUAUAAUCAAAAUAAUCAGAUAAAUAAUCAAAAUAAUCAGAUGAACAAUCAAUGGAACAGAAAUGAUAAUAAUUAUAACCAGCAGAAUAAUACACCCUAUGGUAAUAGACAGAACAACAUGCCUUAUGAUAACAGACAGGAAUCAAAUUAUUCCAUGCCUCAGAAUCAAGGUCAGGGUAAUCAGUUCAAUAGAAUGCCUCCUAAUCAGAACCGUGGAUAUAAUGAUCAUCCACCCUUUGAGCAGGGCCAAUAUUACAAUGAAAAUGAUCAAUACGGCAGGCACGAAAUGCCUCAGAGAAAUGAUCAACCUCUAAUCAGACAGAACGCACCUCAGCCGAGGCCUUUGAUGGAGUUGCCCUUGCAGAAUGUGAACGAAAAUCAGUUCAGGGGUCCAUCAAAUAGGCGGCCGCCUGAAAAUGUCAGGCCUCCGAGUCCGCCCAGACCGAAAUGGAUGGAAGAACCCCUGUUUGCUCCAACUCUUAUCGUUGAAUAUGAACAUAAGCCCCUCAGGGUAAAAGCUCGUGAUUUCAUUGAGCCAGUGCACACAUUCGAUUAUAAUCAUAUAUCGAAAGACGGUGAUAAUAAAAAAAAAGAUUUCGAAAGGGAAGUAGAUGAGCUAUUUACAAGGAAACCCCGACGUGACAGGGAGGACGACUAUAACAAGCCUCCAGAUAGAUAUGCUAGAGAUUUGUAUUCUAGAGAUUUUGAAAGAAGAGUGCCUAGAGAUAGAGAAGAGAUAAGAGAUGAUUACCGUCACAAGUCUCUAAGAAAUGAAUAUGAAGAAAGGAGAAAGCCUGACGAUCGAUUUGAGGAAAGACGUCGAGACGACAGAUAUGUCAGGCGGGAGGAUAGCUUUAGAGACAGAGACAAGGAAAGGGACAGAGAAUGGGAAAGGGAUCGAGGUAGAGAGAGGGAGAGGGACCGAGACAGAGAUUGGGAAAGGGAUCGGGAUAGAGAUGUGCAGAGAGAUAGAUUAAGAGAUAAGGAUUUCGUGAGAAGAGACGAUAGUAGAGUACGUAGCAGAAGCCGUGAUAAAGAAUCGCGUAAAAGAGAGCGCAGUAAAGAAAUUACCGAAAUAGAUGUUUCAAAAAAAAUGAAAGAAACUGUAAUGGCAGAAUCUUUUGGACAACCCAAACAUGUGGUCAUGAUCGACGAUAUUCUGGAGUCGCCAGGCCGAGAAAUAAGACCAGAGAAAAUCGUUAUAAUAUUGAGAGGUCCACCGGGUAGUGGGAAAUCAUAUUUAGCUAAAUUAAUAAGAGACAGAGAAGCGGAAUAUGGAGGCACUGUAAGGAUUAUGUCUAUAGAUGACUAUUUCAUGCAAGAAGGUGAAGUGGAAGAGAAGGAUCCUAAUACAGGAAAAACGAUUAAAAAACCAACUAUAAAAUAUGAAUAUGACGAGAAAUUGGAGGAUACAUAUUUGAAUUCAUUGAAAAGAGCUUUCAAGCGGAGUGUUACCGACGGUUACUUCACGUUCUUGAUAUACGACGCUGUGAACGACCAUCUGAGAUGUUAUGCCGAUAUAUGGAACUUUGCAAGACAAAAUGGUUUUCAAGUGUACGUUUGUACGAUGGAACUGGAUAGUCAGGUGUGUUUUAAGAGGAACAUUCACAAUCGCACAAUAGAGGAUAUACAAGUGAUCUGCUCCCGGUUUUUCCCGACCCCUUCGCAUCACAUACAACUGGACGCUACCACUCUCCUGCAGAGUGCCGCUAUCACUGAAGUACAAAUGGAGGACGUCGAAGACGAAGUCAUUAUGGAAGAUGCCGAAGAGACCGAGGUCGAAAGCGUUUUUACUUCGAAGUGGGAGAAAAUGGACGACGCGACGCAGCUAGCUAAACUCGACGGUAUCAGCAAACCCUUGCGGCCCUCGCAACUUUCCAUGGAAGACUACCUACAAUUAGACGACUGGACACCAAAUAAGGCUGUGCCGGGGAAGAAAACUGUACGGUGGGCGGACAUUGAAGAGAGAAGGCAACAAGAGAAGAUGCGCGCCAUCGGUUUCGUCGUUGGUCAAACUGAUUGGAAUCGUAUGACGGACCCGACUAUGGGCUCUAGUGCUUUGACACAGACUAAAUAUAUCGAAAGGGUCAGGAGGACCUAGCGAAUGCUUGAUGAUAAAGAUUGUGUUUCACAUAAUGUAAAUUAAAACACGUCUCCGUGUAACAGGGUUGGAAAUCAUCAAAAAUAUAAACUAUAAUUAAAUUAUAAAAUUACUGUGAGUUUUAACCGGUGAGGUUAUUCAUAUAGUGAAUUAUUGAGUUUCCAUAUUUUUAUCUGUAAAUGUGAAACUCGAGUUUUAAACGGCUGUAGAUAAAUUUAUGAGUACUAAUUUGGACUACGUCGAUGAGGUUGAAAAUUGCAUUAUGCGUUUAUUUUGUGUAAUGAACUUUCAUCUUAUCAUAAAAAUAUAUUUCCUUAGUUUAGUUGGAGACAGUGUUCAACAGAAUCCAGCUCAUCAUUAACUAGAAAUAUAAAUUAAUUAAGCCUUUGGUUACAAUUAAAAGAUCUAUACAUAUUCCGUGUUAGUGUAGUUUUUUGAACUUUCAUGGAAAUAUUGAAAUAAGUUUUAAUUUUGUCUUAGGAUAAUUUGGAAUAUGUCACGUAGUGAAGUCGAAUUUGUACAAUAAGUAUAUAAUAUUUCAUGCAAUAAUUUUUAAGUUAUGGACGACCCUAAGUAACGUAGAAUUAAUUGUACAACAAUGUUUAUGGACCUUUGUCGCUUGUGUAUUUGAAAAGUGGAAUUAAAACAGAAAUGAAGCAUCUUUAGCUUAUCAGAAAGCUUCAUUUUUCGAAUUUUUCAUGCACUGAGUCGUAGUAAUAAUAGUCUUUCAUUAAGUUAUUACUAGUAUUGCAUGUUAUUUGUCUAUCAAGAGAUUUGUUUGGACGUGUUUUUAUUGAUUUAAUCUGAUAAUUUUGGUCUUUCAUGUUCUGUUAUAGAAAAUACACUAUGUUUAUUUUUUCAAGUACCUAUGUUGGCGGGUGUUUUUUUCCACUUUUCAGUACAGACAAUUAAUGAUUUUUAACGAAUGAACUCUUUAUUUUACAUAAAUGUGUUAUUUGUUAUAAGAAAAGGAUGGAAUGGGAAGGAUGGGAU